AUGAUUCCACUACCAUGUGCUCCUAGCUUUACGUUUACCCAGUUUCGAGGGCGUAUCCAAGCCGUAUUUCAUGGUGCUGAUUCGAGAACGUGUGCUGCCUUUUGGUUGUUCGGGCUAAUCAACAAUGUACUCUACGUUAUCAUCCUCUCGGCCGCGCUCGACCUCGUCGGGCCCAGCGUUCCAAAAGGCGUCGUGCUGCUUGCCGAUGUCAUUCCGUCCUUCGUGACCAAAUUAUGCGCUCCAUACUUCAUUCACCUCGUACCAUAUCCUAUUCGAAUCUUAAUCUUCGUUGCGCUCUCUGCUGGUGGCAUGCUGCUUAUUGCUCUGUCGCCUGCACAUGAUCCAAGCAACAUGGCAGAAAACCCCAUUUUCACCAAAAUGUGCGGCGUAAUCCUUGCCAGUCUAUCUUCAGGCGGUGGAGAGCUGAGCUUUCUUGGCCUCACCCAUUUUUAUGGGCAUUUCAGCUUAGCUGCUUGGAGCAGUGGAACUGGGGCCGCCGGCUUGGUGGGCGCUGGAGCAUACGCCUUGGCCACAACAUCAUUUGGAUUCACCGUGCGAGCGACGUUGCUAGCCUCUGCAUGCUUACCUGCGGUGAUGGUAUUGAGCUUCUUUGUGAUCUUGCCUCUAGGACCCUUGAGAAGAUUCGAGAAAGGCGGGGGAUACUAUCAACCUGUUUCCAACAGCGAAAGCAGUGAGGUAUUCGGAGAUAGCUCUAGGAAUCAAAGGGCUGAAAAUGAAGGCCUCCUUUCAAGUAACCGAAACGAGACUAUAUCUGCCGAACCCCAAAGUCUAUCGUGGAAACAUUUCAAAGCCAACUUGAAACGCGCAAAAGCCCUAUUUUUCCCCUUCAUGUUACCGCUUCUUCUCGUCUACAUUGCCGAAUACACAAUUAACCAGGGAGUUGCUCCAACCUUGUUAUUUCCCUUAGAAUCAAGCCCAUUCGAACAUUUUCGUUCGUUUUACCCAACCUAUAACGCGAUUUACCAGGUUGGAGUCUUCAUCUCCCGCUCCUCGACUCCUUUCUUUCGCGUUCAUGACCUAUAUUUUCCGUCCUUUCUACAGCUUGCCAAUCUUGCCAUUCUCACGCUUCAAGCGCUAUUCAACUUCAUUCCCAAUGUUUAUGCCAUAUUCAUAAUCGUGUUUUGGGAGGGUCUACUUGGCGGUCUCGUUUACGUGAACACUUUUGCUGAAAUCACGGAUCAAGUCCCUGAAGAAGAUCGCGAAUUCUCUUUGGGCGCCACGACGGUAAGCGAUUCCGGUGACCAUGUUCUGGGUAGGCCAUCUACCCAGAUGCGCAAAAUUCAAGUUUUUGCUGUUGUUGGCUUCUGGAUACUAUAUCUUGUGAGAGGGAAUAAGCAUGGCCCACCUGGGGCUCGAUUCUUGUCAUCUCGGCUAAACAAACGAAUGACGCCGUGGCAGGCCACCGUCAUGACAAUGUUAACACUCUAUCUCUCCCGCAAUUUUGCUAAACUAGUUGGGCUAGAAUGCCCUGAGCCUCUGGCGAAUCUAUACUCGAGAUCAUAUUUCCGCGCCACUUGGGUGACAACGGCUCUCGAUGCAGGGUUCUGGACAGCGAUGAAUAUUAAACGCAAAUGGCUGCGCGAUCUUGCUUCCUUCAUUUUCACAAUAUACUACCUCAUCGCUGCGGAACAUGCGGAUGAAAAGGUACGGAAGGUUCGAGCUGUUUUGACAGUUGACCAUCUACGUGUUUCAUGGAACAAAGCCACAACACCAUAUCUAUCGUUUUUCUCAAAAUUACUGAGGCCACGCCUCUGCAAAUACGAUCCUAUUGCAAUUCGAAUUCCCAGACCGAGAGAGUCAUCAUACAAAGAACCAACUUCAGGGUGGCUAUUUUUCAAUGGUCCUCUAAGUAGCUUGAGAAAUCAAGAUACAAUAGUUUUGGAUAUACCAGGUGGGGGAUUCGUUGCGAUGGACCCUAGAACAAGCGAUGAUAAACUGCUUACGUGGGCUGGAAAGACUGGAAUCCCCGUUCUAAGCUUAGACUAUAAGAAGGCACCGGAGCACCCAUAUCCGUAUGCCCUGAAUGAAUGCUAUGACGUUUAUCAUACUAUCGUCAUGACAAAAGGUCGAUGUAUUGGGUUGAGCGGGAAAACAUGCCCUCGAAUUAUACUUACUGGUGAUAGUGCUGGCGGAAACCUGGCUGCUGGACUGACAUUGAUGAUACUCCAGGCCGGAAGUACAGAGUCCAGAAAAUGGAGAGGCGAAGGUAGCCUCCCUGUUCCAGCUGGGCUAAUUUUAAUCUACCCGUCCCUGGACAUGAAUAUUGGGAACUGGAUGACAGAUGAGCAAAUGUCUCUCAUUCGGGAUAGAGGAAUGAGGAAGACGAACCAGAAUAUCCUGAGACGCAAGAGUGAGGAUUAUUACAAGCUUACCACAACACCACAUCCUUCAGAUGAUGCCUUAGAGAAUCAUUCUGUACUACGCGACUAUUUCGACAAACAGCACGGCACAGAUGAUGUUGAACACCCAUCCUUUUCGGCUGUUGAAAAAGCCGAGCCAACAAUUAAUAAACCUAUCCCAGGGAAUAUUGCAUCCCAGAUUGCAGCAAUGGCGGAUAAGCAGCCUCAUCAAAUCCGGACUCGCCUUGCUGUCUCUUCAAUGAUUUCUUACUUCAAUGACCGCAUCCUGACACCAGAAAUGAUGCGAGCCAUGAUUAUCCUAUACAUUGGGCCAUAUAAUCGCCCGGAUUUCAGCACAGAUUUUCUCCUUUCGCCCCUACUUGCUCCUGAAGCUCUUCUGGCUAAAUUUCCGAAAACAUACUUCCUUACUGGAGAACGAGAUCCCCUUGUUGACGACACUGUAAUAUUCGCUGGAAGAAUCCGACAAGCUAAGCUUCACCGGUUUAGAGAGCGGCAAGAGCUUGGAUUAGAGAAGUCUAAAAUGGAGUUUGAUGAAAAGGAUCAUGUUGAAGUUACUCUAAUACCAGGGAUCUCACAUGGUUUCCUUAACUUCGUUACCCUCUUCCCAGAAGGUUGGAAACAAUUAUACCGAUGCACAGGUUGGAUUCAGGAUAUUCAAGCCCGUACCACUGUGGAGAGUAUCGAGAAAGAGAAGAAUGGUUCAACAAGCUCAUUACCUGGCAGAACACGCGCGGCUUCGGAAGCUGUACGUCGUGGAUCUGGCGUUUCCACGGAAUAUCAAACGGAGACCAGCAAUAUGGAGAGUGGGAAGCACCAUCACUAUCGAAGCUUAACAGGCGAAUCGUCUGUUGACGAGGAUGGCCCUCUUGAAAUGAGCAUUCGAAUGACCGGCACACGUUCCGGUUCAUCGUCUUCCGCCCAUUCCUCGUCAAUGUCAAAUAAACAUGACUCCUCCCCGGCCACAGAGGCACUAGAUGACGCCGAGGCUCCUGGCUCAAAGGGCCUAAGAAGCGUAAAACCAGUCCGCAAAAUGAAAAUCAGAAAAGUGGGUCACCCAACCUUAUCAUUGGACCAGGAGAAACGUGCCAUGCAGAUAAGUAGAGAGACGAGCUUGACGAGUUUACCAAGUGAAGAAGAUCUGCUUCAUCGACGCAUGAAGGGUUUGGCAGGUGGUUUGAUGGGGAUUGGGGAAGAAGCUCGAACACCAUAG